GGGAGGUGAGGGGGGGAGACGCAGCAGAAUUACGCACAGCACACACGUGGAGGAGCAAACGGAGCCUCGCUGCCUGGACGACAAACACCGACACAUCCUCCACAAGUCUCCGGCAGUAGUUCCCCCUCUGCUGCGUUUCUUUCGAGUGAGCAGGGGUGAGACACAAUGCAGCUCGCAGAGUCCAUCAGGUGACGGCCGGAGCAGGACGCACAGGGAGAGACGCGCUUUUUUGGGGGGUUCCUCCUGACAGAAAACCAGGAGUGUGAGCGCGCAGGAGAGAGGGGAGGCUCAUGGAGAACCUCUGGAGGAGGAGGAGGAGGACGCAGCAGCCGGAGCGCAGAUGGAGGUGGCUGAGCAACUCGCUGCUGCUUUGCUUUUUCACCGGUGGCACCGAGGCCCAGUGUGAGGGCUGCAUAGAGUACUGCUGCAAUGGAUCGCCGCCUUUCUGCUGCUCCUACUACGCCUACGUGGGGGACGUCCUCUCGGGCACUGCCAUCUCCGGUAUCGUCUUCGGCGUGGUGUUCUUGAUGGGGGCGGUGGCGGCCUUGUUCCUGUGCGUGUGUAUGUGCAUGAAGAAUGGGCGGGGCGCCCGGGUCGGCGUGUUCAGCACCUCCUACAUCAACACUGUGUCCCAGGGGUAUCCAGGUCCUCCACCUCCGUACACCUAUGACUACGAGAUGUAUCCUCCCUCGCUGCACCCACCGCCUUACACCCCAACUCAGCCUCGGCCGACCAACUACUCCCCUCCUCCUCCAUACCCCGGCUGCACGCGCAAGUAAUCCCCGCUGCACAGAUCGUCCACGGGAGCGGCU